AUGGAGUAUGUUUCUAAAGCGGUUCUGGUGGGAUUUGGGGGAAAUAACAAUUUUGAAUACACAUUUGUGGCUUCAGUGGGUCUGUCAGGUGGGUUGAUUUGGAUAUGGGAUCCUAAUAUUUUUAAAGUCGAAGAGACCAUUCAGAACAGGUGCUUCUUAAUAGUCAGAGGUUCAUUGGUGGGUAGUGGGGUUUCUAUGAAUUUAAUGAACGUUUAUGUUCCCCAAAGUGUCGUGGCGCGCCAACUUUGGGAGGAAAUCUCUGCUCAGAUUGAGAAGUUCGACGGUAGAUGGGUUUUAGCGGGUGACUUCAAUGUUGUCCGUUAUUUGGAAGAAAGGAAACAUUCUAAGUUCAAAGCCGCGUGUGCUGAGAAUUUUAACAAAUUUAUAUUUGAGAAUGGGUUGUUGGAAUUCCCCCUGCAAGGCCGGAAGUUCACUUGUAUCAGAGACAAUGGAAGGAAACUUAGUAAACUGGACCGUUUCCUGGUCUGUUCAGAGUUUUUUAAUUCUUGGCCUCAAACUUGUGUGCGGGUGCUUCCCGGUAGGCAUUCGGACCAUUGUCCAAUUAUUAUAGAGGUCGUUGAUCUCAGGUUUGGUCCGCGUCCGUUUCGGGUGUUUAGUUCGUGGAUUGGUCAACCGGGUUUUGAGGAAGGUGUCGUUGAGGCCUCGGAGAGCUUUGAGGCAUUUGAUCCUCCGGACAUUAGUCUUACUUCCAAAUUCGCUCAUAUUAGAGCUCGUCUUAAAGUAUGGAGGGACGAGUUCUUGUCUAAAGAAAAAGAAAGUGUUAACUUGGCUCUGCAGGAAUUAGAGACAUUGGAGAAUGAUAUGGAAAAUAGGGACCUCACAGAAGAAGAAGAAGAAGAAGAAGAAGAAGAAGAAGAAGAAUGGAUGUUGGCGGAGAAUAGAAAAAUUCUAAGAGAAUCAGACUAUAGAAAAAAUUUGGAUCUCAAACAAAGAGCUCAGUCGAGACCUUUCUUGGAGCAAGAAAUUAAAGAGGCAGUUUUCGAAUGUGGAGACGAGAGAGCCCCGCGUCCUAACGGGAUGAAUUUUAGAUUCAUUAAGCACUUCUGGAAUCUCUUCAAGGAUGACUUUGGGAGAAUUUUCGAAUGGUUUUAUAAUACUGGCGAGAUUACGUUAGAUAGUGGGGCCUCGUUUAUUGCGCUUGUGCCUAAAGUAAAAGACCCAGUUUCACUUGUUAACUAUAGGCCAAUAAAUUUGGUGGGAGUCAUUAGUAAGGUUAUCUCAAAAGUGUUAGCCAACCGCUUGAUGAUAGUUCUUGAUGGUGUUAUUUCGGAGAAUCAGUCGGCUUUUCUUAAAGGAAUUCUGAAGUCGGCUAACUCUUCGGUGUUGGUCAAUGGAUCGCCUACUUUCACAUUUAGAUGUGAAAAAGGUCUUAAAAUAAAUAUUGACAAGUCUUACCAUUAUGGCAUUGGAGUGGGUUUGGGGGAAAUAGGGGAAAUGGCGAAUGUAGUUGGGUGUAGACAUGAUUGUCCUCCUUUCAAACACCUUGGGCUCAAAGUUGGAGCUAACAUGAAUAGGGUCUCAAACUGGCACUCGGUCAUCGAGAGUUUUCGGGCUCGUCUUUCUAAAUGGAAGUCUCACAUUGUCUCGAUUAGGGGUAGAGUGGCGUUAAUUAAAUCGGUCAUGGAAAGUCCCCCAUCUUAUUAUUUAUCUCUUUAUAAAGCUCAUAAGAACAUCAUCUAA